AGACGGUAUAAGUUUCUAAAAGUCCAGGAGUGGCAGGAAAGAGCUGGAAUCAUGUGGGAUAUGCUUAGAGGAUAGUGAGAGGCGCACGCGUAUGCUUGAGCUUUCCUGAUUGGCUGUUGGCUCCCGGAGACUCCUCUGCUUAAUUAGCAAUCGCAAGUGUCUGUGCAUUAUUCUGUCGUCGUUUCACGUCUUUCUGGUAAAAACAACUCGCUCGCCAAGCAGACGAGAAAACAAACCCAGGGAAGGAGACGGAAUGAAUGGCACGGUGUCGGGGCUCUUCCACCACCUACCGCGCUUCAUGGAGUCAAACAGCGAAAGUUUUCAGCCCUGGAGGGAUUAUAUGGGACUGUCGGAGACGGUCAGAGAGAUCUUGAGUCGGAACAGCACCGAGGAAUCCGUCCUGCCACAUCUCAAAGCGCAUCACUCCCAACCCGACCAUUUCAGCGGAACUUUAGGGUCGAUGCGCAUGAACGCAGAAUCCUGCGAAUCCCUGCUGUCUGGCUCCGCGACUGUGCUGAACCCAGAGGAUAUGUUUCGGUUCGCACCGCAGUCAGCCAGUGCCGAUCCGCUGCAGACACCUACAACUGGUUCGAGUUGUCGCCCCAAGGACCGCAGGAGUACCGCGAGUCGCUUCAGGGCUCCGGCUCCAGAGCCGCCUGCGCGCCCCUCUUCCAAGUUCUGCAGUUUUUGUAAACAUAACGGUGAGUCCGAGCUGGUCUACGGAUCCCACUGGCUGAAGAACCAGGCUGGAGAGGUUGUGUGUCCCUACCUGCGCCAGUACGUGUGUCCACUAUGCGGCGCCACGGGGGCCAGAGCCCACACCAAGCGAUUCUGUCCCAAAGUGGACAGCUCCUACAGCUCGGUGUACACCAAGACCAGGCGCUGAUUUAAACAAACAAAACAAAACAAAAAGAAGCUUCCCCCCUUUUUUUUCCUCCUUUGUGUGCAUUUUAAUUCAGUAUAAGUGUGGCUUUUACUUUUGUGUGUUGCUUGCUUUGUAUUCUUAUUUGCAUGCUUUGUUUUUGUUUUUUUGUG